AUGGAGGUUACCAGCGUUGAAGGAAUUCUCUCGAUACUUAAGGAGCGGGACAUCCUCGUCAAACGGGAUGUGAUUGAGUCUGCUCUGGAGGACCCUGCGACAGGUCCCGGGAAUGGGGAGUGGGUAUUCAAACACUUGCGACCGGAAACUCUUCUAUCCAAGGAAGAGCUGAGCCUCUAUACGAAGCUUGAACAUUCCGGUGCUCUCCAACCCAUCCUUCGUGACCCCAGUCUCGGUGCGACACGGCCCUUUCUCGAGGUCGACAUACGAAGCACAAUUCAGUCUCUUGAGGUAUCCACAGCGGCAAUACAAAAAAAGUCACAGGUGCUUUAUGCACAAUGCGAAACGCUCAAAAAGCAAAUGCGCCGGCAAGAAGAAUUGGAACAAGAUAGAAAUUGGGAUAUCACACGACUGCGGAAGAAGCAUGAAGGCGUUAAACAAAACACUACAGCUCUGGCAAACGAUCUAUCCGAUGAGCUCGAUGCGGGUUUCAGGAGCGAGACAGACAAAGCGGGGGUGGAGAGCAAACGAAUCCUAUCACUGUUGUCCACCCGGUUGAAACAUGAUGAUAGAAUUCUUGCUACUCUGGAAAAUCUGAUGCCUGAGGUCAAGUCGAAUGGAAAUGACGCAUCGACGGUCAAGCGAGCAGCACAUCUUAGUGAAACUCUUGCGGACUACAGCGCAGAGGAAAUUCAUUAUCGCCUGGACCGACUAUAUCUCGAAUCUCUUGGAGCUGGAGAAGCCAAAGAGCUGAAGUAUACGCAAUCGGAGGCCGAGACCAUCUCGGCAUUGAAGGAGGAGCUGGAGUCUUUGUAUCCCGAGAUCGAGAUUUUGGCCGAGAUGUCCAUUAAACAGCAGUUCCAUGAGCCCAUUCUACGCGAGAUCCACAAUGAACACAGCCAGCUUCGGGUGACCUCACAGCACAAGUUGGAACAGAUUCUCGAUGUUUUGAUUGAUAUGACUCUGUCCAAACAGGCAUUGACGACACAGCUAGCGGACCGGGAGUCUUCAUGUGAACUGCUGGAGCAAAUUGCCACCCUUUAUCAAGCCGAAACCGUCCGUCAGCUCGUGACCCAGCCAUCCUCUCGUCGAGAAUCCAUUAGGCGGCGAUCCUUGCAACCGGGAAUGGUCCUCGGGGCUGCACGCAACCCUGUUCCAAUGCCCGAGCAGCCUUCUCUGGAAAACCUCCUUCGUCGCCUUGGGUUGUCACCUGAGUCUGUGCUCCACCCGCGGGCAGAGGAUGGCGGUGCUCAUGGACUUUAUGAGAAGCGAAUCCACAUGUCGGAGACUAUCCGAAAUCUCGAAAUGGCGGAUGAAUUGCCCCUGGUGGUUCAUCUGGGACAUUCAGACAGCUCAUCUCAGCUGCUGGCUUCCUCAUUGCAUGGAAACUCCCGGUUCGGUACAUCGUUGCGAGAUCCUGGACAAGAAGGCGCCCUGUUGAGUCUGGAAACCGAACUCGCCUCACUUCAAAAGGGGGUGGAGAGGCUUAACUUGAAUUUGCUUCAUCAGCGGGACAAGACCCAAGCCAAGUUUCUUGAGCGUUGGAGCUAA